AUGCAUACACCCAUUUCAACGUCCCAGUGGGGUUCCCCUGGCGCUUCCAGGCGGGCUCCCCUCAUUCAUGGUUUGACUAUGUCCUCGAAUUCCUGGGAGGGCCCAGCUUUUGGUAGCAGAAGGGUUCUUCGUCGUAGCGCCGAAUCUCCUUGGGCACGCAUGGAUAUGAGGCACCGACUAUCGUGUAUCUACCCUUGCAGAGGACCUCAUACCGUAUUUCGUCAUGGAUACGUCCUAUGACGUGGUCAUAGGUCACUCUCUUGGAGGCACAGUGGCCUUGUUGCUCUUGCCGUUCUUGCCCAAAACGAAAGAAACCACCGUCAUACUCCUCGAUCCCGCCCUCGAAAUUACAGAGGAGAGAAGCGAAAUCUCUAAGAACAAACAUCUGAAGAGGGUUGCGAAUGUCGAAACCGUAGACGAGCCAUGGCUGAGAACCAUGCUUGGUCACGACGUGACUGCGUGUUAAGAGUGCUGGGAAUCUCCAUGUGUGAUCGCACUGUUGUCGAGGGGAUAUUUAGGCGGGCUGUUCAUAGUGCUGCCGUGGUCCGGUUCGGUCCGGUUCAGGGGGUCCAGGACGAGAACC